AUGGCAAAAAAGCGGGUUGAUAAGUCUCGUCUCAAGAUAGCAGCAGACAAUAGCUUCGUAACAAUGCAAAACCUUAGACAGAAUGCGCAGUCGGGCUGGCUGGCCUUCACCUUGAACGAAGUAACUACCACCGAGCAGCCAUGUCAAGACAAGAGCUCCUUCAUAAAGACAGAUAUUGAAGCUAUUGUUGAUUAUAUGUAUGAUCAACUAAAACUCAAUGAUAGUAUAAAAGACGGCUACUCUACAAAAGCUUUAGACGUUCUUGAUAAACAUAUGGCUGACCUUGACGACUUUGACAAAUGGUUUAACGAACAACCCGAUCAUUUGAAACAUAUCAUUGAAGAUAUCGCUUCUAAGCGCGAAUUUCUUGAACCAAAAAUUAAGAGUAUUCGCGCAUUAUUGGAAGGUCAGGUAGCAAUAAAAGCACGUUUGGCAAAGCAAUGGCUUGAUUUUGAUGGUCAAUUUAGGAAAUUUAAUAGAAGUAAAAUCAUUUGCGACGAUUACUGCUAUGAGGGUGCUGUAAUCUCUAGGAAACGUGCACAAGAAAACUAUUACUGUGGUACAGCAGAAGAAAUAAAAAACAUUUCAAUUCACGAGUUAACGAAAUACGUAAAUACCGUUUUAAAACCGGAAUUAGUGAAUAAAAUAGAUGCAUUGAAUGAGGAUUACAAGAAGGAAAUAGAGAAUAUGAAAACGCAAAUAAAAGAUAUAGCAAUAAAAGAUUAUGGACGUGUCUUUGUCGAUAUACUGAGACUUCAAGACGAAUACAUACAUUAUUAUCAGUUGUUCAAUGUAGAUUUUGAGUCUUACAAUAUUCAAUUAGGAGAAAUACUGCUGCACAUUGAGGGGAAACUAUCUCAUUUGAUAAUAGCAGUUGAACAACACAGGAGACACUGUUUCCAGUGUGCAGAACGCUCUCCAGUCAUCUUACCGUCAAAAACUAUUACUGACGCUAUAGGACAAAGUGGUAUACAAAAUAAAAUGGACGUAGGAACGGAUUUAUUAAUGUUAGUUAUCAAUUCAAAGACAGAGAACAUUCAGAUCCAAUCUUUAAACGAUAUUAAACAUUUAUUCUUAGACUUAAACAAUAAGAUAAAGGAAAUUAAAGAGCGUGACAUGAAUGUAAAUACUUACAUACCAGUGAAAGAAGAAAUUAGACAAGAGCUAGAUAAAGAGAAACAAUCAUUUAAUGAACUUAAAAGUAUCGUUUCUAAGGAGUGGAUCGAAAGUUACUUAUCGUUAAAAGGCGAAGCUGUUCUAUUGAAUGAUAGAAUCCAAGCUGUAUUGGAUGAUGUAAAGGAAAUAUUAGCACUGCAGUUACCGCUGACGCAAUACGUCUGGUCGGCCGCGCUCGGUGCAGGCCCAGGCCGCAGGGUGCAUCCACCGUCUGACGGCAAGGGCAUGCAGCGCCCUUGUGCUGCCCGCUCUGACCUCGACGCGUCCUAUGUAGGCGACCGGGACGAAGUGACACCUCUAAUUCAUAUUGAAUAG